AUGCGCUCUGGCCUCUUCCUCAAUACUGGGAAAAAGGUUACUACUGAUAUUUCAGAAUUAGAAUUAGGUGUCGAUGAAUCAUAUGAGCUUACAAUUCCCGAAUCGCAAAUCGACAAUGAUCCAAUAACGGCUCAUCUUAAAGCUAAAACCAUAUUUGGUGUCCUUCAUGGCCUCAACACAUUUUCUCAACUUUACUAUUAUAAAAACUCUAAGUUAUUAUUGCCUUUCGCUCCACAUCAUAUAAAAGAUUUUCCCCGAUUUUCUCAUCGAGGUUUGUUAUUGGACACUGCAAGAAAUUAUUUUCCUGUGAAAGACAUUUUGAAGACAUUAGAUGUAAUGAGCUGGAAUAAAUUUAAUGUGUUUCAUUGGCAUAUUGUUGAUGCUACUAGUUGGCCAGUAGUUAGUGAAUCAUUUCCAGAGUUGAGUAAUAAAGGGUCUUAUGAUCCAAUAAAUAUGGUUUAUACUAAAGAUGAUAUUAAGAAGGUUAUCGAGUAUGCAUAUUUGUUCUCCGCCGAACCACCAAGCGGCCAAUUAAAUCCUGCAUUGGAUCAAACUUAUACUUUCCUUCAUAUACUUCUUCCUGAAUUAACUUCCUACUUCACCGACAAAUAUUAUCAUGCUGGUGGAGACGAAGUAAACUUACAUUGUUGGAAUACAACUCCAUCAAUCACUGAAUACCUAAAUAAGAAUCCGAAUUCAUCACUUGAAACACUUCUCGCUAAAUUCAUUAACGAAACUCACCAAAUUGUUCGUAAUUCAGGAAAAUUGCCGAUAACGUGGCAAGAAAUGAUCGUUGAUCACAAUCUGACGUUGAAAAAUGAUACUUUGGUUCAAGUCCUUACACUACAAAUCCAUAAUGUUGAUAAUUUCAUUUGUAGGUGCGAUCCAUUUAAAACUUGGCAAAAGAUAUAUUCUUACAAUCCAAUUGAUGGAUUAACCGAUCAAGAAGCUGAAUUAGUUAUAGGAGAACAAGCUGAUCGGACAAAUUUAGAGGUUCUCUUAUGGCCACGUUCAUCUGCAGCUGCUGAAGUAUUAUGGUCAGGACCUUAUGACACUUCUAAAAAAAUCCGAACUCCAGACAGAGAUGCAUUAGCACGGUUAACUGACUGGAGAUUUAGAAUGGUCGAGAGGGGUGUAAAUGCAGAACCAUUACAACCUUUGUGGUGCGCUCGCACAGGACGGUGUAAUAUGCCCUACUAA